CGGCCGAAAAUCAGGCAAAGGCGGCUAGACGCCGUGCAAAAUGUCAAACACACAAAAAAAAACCCAUCAGUACCGCAUCACGCUUUAGGCAGAAAUAUAUUCAUUCAAUUCCUUUAAAUGGCGCUUGCGAAACCGAAAUCCGAGCUAACUCCCGAGGAGCUGGCGCGCCAGGAGGAGGAAGAGUUCAAUACCGGCCCACUGUCCGUGCUAACGCAGUCGGUGAAAAACAACACGCAGGUACUGAUAAACUGCCGCAACAACAAAAAGCUGCUGGGGCGCGUGAAAGCGUUUGAUCGCCACUGCAACAUGGUGCUGGAAAACGUGAAGGAAAUGUGGACGGAAAUCCCGCGCACCGGCAAGGGCAAGAAGAAGGUGAAGCCCGUCAACAAGGACCGGUUCAUCUCGAAGAUGUUUCUCCGGGGCGAUUCGGUUAUUCUUGUCCUGCGCAACCCACAAGCAACAGCGGCCGGCAAGUGAGCCCUGAGUUUUCGCGCGCAAACCCAAUAAAUCUACACUAGCUUAAGUAAUUUCGUACAA